AUAUACAAAUCCUUGACCUUCAAAAUUCAAUCACAACGGCAUUUCAAAGAUUAUACCGAUAGAGUCAUCUAGAUUUCUUGUUGUCCUUGUUCACAUUCUUUACUGACCUCGUGACGCGAACAUAUGUAAGUAAAUUAAUUAAUUAUUAGAGUGGAUGAAUAAUCAGCGCGCCACAUAUUCAACCAAUCAAUAUCGACUUGUCGACGCGUCAGUUUUUGGCUCCAAAGGUUUCGUAAUGCAUUUCAGUAGUAUACGGAAAAUUUAAAGAGAGUUAUUCAUUCACUCUUCUAAAUAAAGUAUAUUUGUUCUGAUCAGAAUAUACUAAUUUUGAUUAAAAUCAGCAAAAUGGAGACUGUUGAACAACAUACUGGUAACGGUACAAUUGAAUCCAUUGAAAAUCACCAAAACGCUUCUGUGAUAGAGAAAGAAGAAAUUAUUCAAGCCCUAAAUGGUCCGGAUCAAAUUUUAGCGGCUGACAAGACAGUUUCGGUUAAACGAGAUGGGGCUGUUAAAUUACGAAUAUCAGAUAAUGGCCCAUCAUCAAGGAAGCCUUAUUCUCUCGUCACGUUGCUCAAUUCAGCCGUUCAAAGAAUGCCUAAUCACAAUGCUCUUGCUUAUAAGCAAGAUCAAAAAUGGAAUUAUAUUACUUAUCGUCAAUAUUUGGACGAAGUGCGAACAGUUGCAAAAGCAUUUAUUAAACUUGGAUUAGAGGAAUUUAACGGUGUUGGAAUUAUAGGAUUUAAUAGUCCAGAGUGGUUUAUUUCGGAUUUAGCUGCAAUAUAUGCAGGAGGCUUAGCAGUAGGAGUUUAUACAACCAACUCUCCUGAAGCUUGCCAAUACGUUUGCCAUCAUGCUCAAUGUAAUAUUAUAGUUGUUGAAAAUGAUCAACAGCUUCAGAAAAUUCUGAAGGUCAGAAACGAGUUACCUUAUUUGAAAGCCAUUAUUCAAUACAGAGGUAAACCUACAGCUAGCGACGUCUACAGUUGGGACCAAUUGAAAGAAAUUGGAAGAGUUGAAGAUGAAUUAGAGUUAAACGAACGUAUAAAACGCAUUGCUGUUAAUCGUUGUUCAACACUGAUAUAUACUUCAGGAACAACUGGUUCACCCAAAGGAGUUAUGUUGAGCCAUGACAAUUGUACAUGGACAGCCGAAAUGUUGAAAAUGGAAUCGCGACUAUCAUGCGGAACUGAACAUUUGAUUAGCUAUUUACCCUUAAGUCACAUCGCUGCUCAGGUGGUUGAUAUUUAUAUGCCUUUGAUAUUGAACGCAACUGUCUACUUUGCUCAACCAGAUGCUCUAAAGGGCUCUUUGGUCGUGACUCUAAGAGAAGUCAGGCCUACCGCAUUUUUAGGAGUUCCUAGGGUUUGGGAAAAAAUUCAAGAAAAAAUGAUUGAAGUUGGCAAAGGCAUAACAGGACUAAAAAGAAAAUUAGCUGACUGGGCAAAGGACGUUGGAUAUCGCGGAAGCAUAGCGAAAAUGAAUGGCGCCAUUAAACCUGGCUCUAAAAUGAAACGAUCUUCUUAUCCGUAUGGUUGGAGUAUUGCUAACUUUCUCGUCUUCAAAAACAUUAAAAAGAAUCUUGGCUUAGAUCGUUGCCAGUUUUGCUUAACAGCUGCUGCUCCUAUCACUAUGGAUACUCUUGAUUUUUUCUAUAAACUGGAUCUUCCAAUCUUUGAAGUUUAUGGUAUGAGUGAAUGUACAGGACCUCAUACAGUUUCAAUGCCAUGGCGGUUUAAAAAAGGUAGUGUAGGCUCUAACUUAGUUGGAGUGGAUACGAAUAUUGAAAAGACUGAAGGAGGUCCUGAUAGUGAAUCAGGAGAGAUCUGUAUGAAAGGAAGACAUGUUAUGAUGGGCUAUCUUAACGCAGAAGAAAAAACUUCUGAAGCAAUUGAUAGUAACGAUUGGUUGCAUACUGGUGAUAUUGGUAGAUUCGACAAGAACAAUUUUCUCUAUAUUACCGGUCGAUCGAAGGAACUAAUUAUUACUGCUGGAGGAGAAAAUGUUGCUCCUGUUCCAAUCGAAGAUUCCGUUAAGGAAGUGUUACCCGUCGUCUCAAAUUGUAUGUUAAUUGGUGACAAGAGAAAAUUUUUGUCCAUGUUGAUCACUUUAAAAACUGACGUUGAUUCGGAGGGUACUCCUCAAGAAACUUUGUCAUCUCCCAGUUUGGACUGGUGUAAAUCAGUUGGAUCAAGUGCAAAGACAGUGAGGGAUGUAACUCAAAAUCAGGACGAGCAUGUUCUUAAGGGAAUACAAAUUGGAAUUGACAAAGUAAAUGCCAAAAGCGUAUCAAGAGCCCAGAAGAUUCAAAAAUGGACAGUUUUGCCAAGGGACUUUUCAGUUCCCGGCGGAGAGCUUGGACCAACACUAAAGCUAAGACGUCCUAUUGUAAAUAAAAUGUAUGCUAAAACCAUUGAUACAUUUUAUCAAGAUUAA